AUGUCUUUACAAACGGGGGAUGAAAAUAAUGUCUACUUUCAUGCCUAUCUUAAGUCCAGGGGUAAUAACAAGAGUAUUCAAUUCUUACAGAGGGAUGAUGUCAGUAUACUUACUAAUCAGAAGGAUAUUGAAACUGAAUUCUUAAGUCUGUAUAGAAAUCUGAUGGGCACAGCUACUCAAAGAACUACUCACAUUGAUAUAGAUGCUAUGAGAAGAGCCAUUGAGGAAUUUUUCUCACAGGGUAGGAUUCUUAGAAAUUUUAUUAGAACUAGUGUGACCCUGAUCCCCAAGACUAGUGAAGCUAAACAUUCUAGAGAUUAUAGACCAAUAGCAGGCUGCUCAACUGUCUAUAAGAUAAUUUCUAAGAUCAUGACAAAAAGAUUAGGAACUGUCUUGCCUAGCAUUGUUAGUCUCAACCAAUCAGCUUUUAUUCCUGGGCAAGUGAUUCAUAACCAUAUUAUGUUGGCUUAUGAACUUCUGAAAGGAUAUACUAGGAAAGGUGGACCACUAAGGUGUAUGCUACAGCUGGACUUGCAAAAAGCAUAUGACAUGGUGGAUUGGAAUGCUUUAGAAACUGUUCUGCAUGAAGCUAGGAGAGGGUUAAGGCAAGGGGAUCCUAUUUCCCCCUUGCUGUUUGUGAUCAUGAUGGAUUAUCUUGACAGAUUACUGAGGAGGAUGUAUACUGAUCCUGCUUUUAAAUUCCACUCAAAGUGUGAGAAAGUUGGUCUAACCAACCUCACCUUUGCUGAUGACAUUCUCUUAUUCUGCAGGGGAGAUGCUAUUUCAGUGCAAAUGCUUCUGAAGACUGUUCAAACUUUCUUUGAGUCCACAGGGCUAGUGGUCAACUCUAAGAAGUGCAAGGUUUUUUGUGGUGGCAUGGACAUAAUGGACAAGGAGCAGAUGAUUGGGACUACUGGCUUCAUUGAAGGGCAGCUGCCUAUGAGUAUUGGAUGCAGUGUCUCCCAAUACCACAGUUUGUCAUCAAGAAAAUCAAUAGUUUGUGCAGGAUGUUUGUUUGGAAUGGUAGCAUUGUUGCUGGCAGAAAGAGCCCUGUGGCUUAGAGGACUGAAGACUGAUAACUUGUGGGUCAAGUGGAUUCACAUGUACUAUUUGAAAGGAUGUAAUGUGAUGGAGGCUAAAAUCAGUCAAAAUAGCUCUUGGGUGAUGAAGAGGAUCAUGGAUACUAGAGAAGAAUUGCAGCAACAUCAACAAUUGUGGGACAGAAUGCUGAGCCAGAAUAGAUUCAAGAUGAAGCUGAUGUAUGCAGCCAUGAAUGAUCAUGAGAAUUUGGUGGAUUGGAGGAGUAUUUUCCAUAGAUAUUUGGCUAGACCCAUGGCAAAUUUUAUUACCUGGAUGCUGUGUCAUGAGAAACUUGCGACUAAGGAUAGGCUCAUGAGAUUCAAGCUGAUUACGGAUAGUGUUUGCAGUAUUUGUAAGACAGCUGAUGAAACUAUUGCCCAUCUAUUUUUUGAAUGCAUGGAGAAUAAGGAGGUGUGGUGCCAAGUUUUGCAGUGGAUUGACAAGGAUCAUCGACCUCUUCCUUAG